AUGGCAACCACAGCUGAUAACGUAUACGAGUUCUACCGACCCUCAAAAAUAUUGGCGCUUGUCGCUUGCGUAGUCUUUGCAGUUUUUAGUUUUGUUCACCUAGGCUAUGUCUUUCGCUAUCGAAAAUAUUUCUGUUUGGUUCUUGUCAUUGGAGGACUCUUUGAGGUUGCGGGCCUUGGUGCGAGGAUAUACUCGACCGACCAUCUACAAGACCAAGAAUCUUACAGCACGCAAACACUCCUGAUUCUCCUGGCGCCCAUCUUCUUCUCCGCAGCAAUCUACAUGUUCCUCGGCCGAAUCAUCCGCGCCACUGAGCAUCCAGACCUUUCCAUUAUUCGAACAGCAUGGCUUUCUAAGUUCUUUGUAAUAGCCGAUGUCUUAUGCUUCGUCGUUCAGGCUUGCGGCGCAGGAAUGCUCGUCAACGCUAAUAACACCGCUGAUCAGAACAGUGGAGAGAAUGUUAUUCUGGCUGGACUGGCUCUCCAGGUUGUCAUUUUGGUCAUCUUCCUUAUUUGUGCGGGAGUAUUUCAUGCACGACUUGCGAAAAGAGGACUUAUUGGGGCGAUUAAUCCGAGACUCUACUUGGUUUCAAUGCUCGGUGUGCUGUAUACCUGUGCGAUAUUGAUUCUGUUCCGAAAUGUUUUUCGAUUGGUUGAGUUUGGGCUUGGGGAUGAUGGAUAUUUGCAGGCGCAUGAGUGGCCGAUUUAUGUCUUUGAUGUUCUCCUCAUGGCUAUGGUUAUGGCGCUGGCAUUGAGUUGGUACCCGGCUGAUUUGCACAUUCAUCAUGAUCCUUAUAGACAACGACCAAUGACCAGCACGGCUUAG